GAAUUUAUUUUUAAAAUAAAUAAAUUAAUUAAUUGAAUACACUUAGCGGUAUUUCAGUUUUAAUUGAACAAGCAAAAUGUCGAACGCACAGCGGUCGUUUGUGCAAAAAGUAUCAAAACAGCCUGCUGCAGAUGUUCGUAAAAAUGUUUGUAAUUACCACAUGCAAUCAAAGUCGGCAGACACAUCUCUGUGCUCAUCCGCACUAUCUCCGACAGAUCCGCUUGACUAUGAGGAAUUCCUCGCACAACAUAUGAACAUUAUCAACCGCGAUCCAUUGAAGCACAUCUUGGAUUUUCCUCAAAGCGAUGUGACUGUGAAAACCAUUCCUCGCAAAAUUCGAACGAUUGAUCACAUUACGCCAAAUGAAAAAAUAAUUGAUUUGCCACAACACGUGCAGGAGUGUGUGAACUGCUAUACCCGUCCAUGGAAGGUGGCAGAAUAUGCUCAAAGGCACUACUCAAGUUCGUGUUACAUACGUGAUCGGGGCACCAUAAGUCCCUCUGCAUACCAGCAAGAGUUCGAGAUAGACAAAGACUUUACAUCUUUUGAUGAAACAUUUGCGUACAAAAGCGAAAGCUGCACACCCAGCUCCAGGCAAUCGAUAGCUAGCCUUGCUUCUUCAGUUAGCUCAUGCACGGACACUCUGACGCCUCGUGGCUCGUGGGCAAGUUUUGAUUUGCGUCGUUCUGUUAAUGAUCCUCUAAUACCGAACCUGCUUAAUAAUGUACCGCCCGAACAAAUCGAUCAAACCAAUGAAGUACGUCGCCAGCAAGAUCGACAGAUUGCUCUUUUUUCACUGUACCCGGAAUCCGAAGCAGAGGAGAGCAUUGAACGCAGACUACUUGCUGAGAUUCCGAUGGAACAUAUGGGUCACCGCAUACAGGUCAAAUGUGUGCAGCUUCGACUCGAGCUCGAAGUAGAGCCAAUUUUUGCUUCUAUGGCUAUAUAUGAUGCCAAGGAACGUCAAAAACUAUCAGAGAAUUUUUACUUUGACAUGAACUCAGACAGCCUCAAACGAAUGUUGUCCAGUCACGUCCAAUGCCCUGACAUAAGCACCCAAAGCCACUCGGGAAUAUUUGAAAUUUCUUACCCGAGCAAUGAUUUGUUUUUGGUUAUUCGUCUAGAGAAGGUCCUGCAGGGGGAUAUCAACAAUUCCGUUGAACCUUACUUAAAGGAAGACAAAGAUAAGUACCGUGAAAAGGUAAAAUCAAAUGCUGCAGACUAUUGUGAGCGCUUGGGCAAAUACCGAAUGCCAUUUGCUUGGACUGGCAUCUAUUUAACAAACGUCUUCAAUGGUGAUAAUUUUGAGCACAAGGACGUUAGCGGAGGAGAUCGUGAUUCGGCUGGCAGCGGAAACGCUGCUGGCGGCUUAGGCACGGCACCUAGUUCCAACAGCUUAGAUCGAAAGUCAUCCACGAGUAGCUUUGAUCAACUAAGACGCAAAGCAAAUGACAUGAGCGGAACACUUACUCGGCGUGGUUCUCUAGAGCGAAAGGAGAAGCGACGUUCAUGGUCGCCAGAUGAUUUUGCGAAUGUAGUUGAAAACUUUCGACCCAUUACGAUAACGGUUCCGAGCUUCUUUAAGCAAGAGGCAGAUAAAAUGAAGGAUGAAGAUUUAUAUAAAAUUUUACCGGAGCUUAAACGACCGAGCUCAGUGAUGAAAAAAUACAAAUGCAUUCCAGGUUCGAUUAAACUGGAAAUAUCUCCAUGUAUUGAGGAACCCAAAAACUCGCUAACGCCAGAGUUGGCUAAAAUAAACCCGCAAAGUGGAGAAAAUAUUCGACCAAUCAAGGAAAUUCUAGAGUUCCCGCAAUCAGCCAUAUACAAUCCACACUACAGCUAUCGUAACUUACUUUUCGUCUCGCCAAAGGAGCUAAAUUUCUCUUCGCGCGCUGGCUCAGCACGAAAUAUAGCCGUUCGUGUUCAACUAAUGGCUGGCGAGACCUCAAAAGAUGCAGUUAAUGCUAUUUUUGGCAAAUCAUCUUGCCCAAAAUUUUCCUCUGAAGCAUUUACGGCAGUAAAUUAUCAUAAUAAAUGUCCGUCUUUCUAUGAUGAGAUUAAGAUAGCUUUACCUGCAUCUAUAAAGCAGCAUCACCAUCUACUAUUUACCAUUUACCAUGUAUCGUGCCAAAAAAAGCCACAGGAUCUGCAGCCUUCCGUAGAAACCCCCAUUGGAUACACUUGGCUGCCCUUAUUAGAGGAUGGCAAACUGAAAGUUGGUGAAUUCAAUCUUCCUGUUAUGGUGGAGACGCCACCUGAAAACUAUUCUUUUAUACCACCAAAUGUGCACCUGCCAGGAAUUAAGUGGCUUGACAAUCAUCGAGCCGUGUUUGCCAUUAACGUGGAGGCAGUGACGGCAAUACAUACUUUGGAUUCGUUCCUCGACCGUUUCUUCUUGUUGUGUGAAUAUUUGGACACUCGUAAUAUACCUUCCCAUAUCGGCGAGGGGAAUAUGGAGGCUGAGUUGAAGAAGUGCUUGUUGGAUAUCGAGAAUGCAAACCGUGAGCCAUUAGUAAGGCACUUACCCCUAGUUUUGGACAAGCUUAUUGAAUUGUUAGUUACGACCCACAAACUUGGAGGACAGACUAUGUCCCUGGGGUCUACAGUCUUCGAAGUUCUUUGCUUAGUAUCGUCGCUCUUGUCAAUAUUAAGCGAUGAUUUAAUAGUUGAUCAGUACGGACGGCAAAGUUUGUUUUCAACUUAUGUGCAAUUUCAAUGUAAAAUACCGCAUCCAUUUCUUAGCAAGCAGCGGCUUACCUGCAGCCGCAGCAAUACCGAAGACCUGCAAUUAAGCGAUUCAUACAGUUUAUAUGAUAAUGUUUCAACUAGUGGUCGGAGCUUGGAUCGCAAAGAUCUGGCUAUUGAUAUGCUACACUCCAUUGUUGGUCGCGAUGUUCAAGUACGGCUGCUGCACGAAGAACUGGCCCUUCACUGGGUCGUUGCCAGCGGAAAAGCAGCUGAACUAGCCAUGGCCAAUUCGUGGUUUUUGUUUGAGCUUAUUGUCAAGUCUAUGAUUGAGCAUUUGCAUAAUUCAAAUACUUUAAACGCGCCACGUAAACAUCGAUUUCCACACCAAUAUAAUGACGAUCUGUCAACACUGGUGCAUUUAGUUACCACAAAAGUGGUUGGAUAUCAUAGUAAUGAACCGAAGUUGGCACAAUCUUUGAAUGCUAGCCUAAGCUUUUUCAUAUUUGAUGUAUUAAGCAUCAUGGACCGCGGAUUUGUUUUUGGAUUGAUUAAAACGUACACAAAAGUGCUAAUUUCCAAGAACUCUUCUAUUCCAGACUUAAUGAAUUAUAAAAUAGACUUUCUGCGAAUUGUAUGCAGCCAUGAGCACUUUGUAGCACUCAAUUUGCCAUUUGGGACUUCAUAUACGAUGAUUUCAGCACCGUGCAGCCCGACCCCAAGUACGACGUCGAGCAACAGUCAAACAUCAUGUGGGUCGCUUGAACGAGCUCUGCAAGCAGAUCUCAGUCAGGAGUUUCUACAACAGCACUUUCUUGUCGGUCUUGUUUUAAGCGAUUUGGCUACAAUAAUGGAGGUACCCAAUCCACAAUUACACGGGAAAGCGAUACGCUGCAUUCGCAACCUAAUGACUUCACAUGAUUUAGAUACACGGUAUAGCGAAACGGAAGCACGUGCCCGAGUGGCAUCUCUGUACAUACCACUAUUAUCCAUAGUGAUGGAUAGCAUUCCCCAAUUGCAUCAGCAUUGCAUUGAUCAUGACCGCUUACAGCAGAUUGGUCAGCUUGAAGAUUAUCAAGGACCACAGCAAACUAUCGCAGCAGCGACUAUAAGUCCAGAAGUGGCAUACGCAAUAUCUGGAAGUCGCCCCUACUACAUAAGUGAACAAGUGAAAAACAAGUCUCCGUUAAGCUCUGAGAAUACGCGCCACUUGUUAGUAUGCUUUCUUUGGGUACUUAAGAAUUUAGAGCGCAACAUAUUAUACCGCUGGCUGCUAGGUUUAACCCCUCAUAGGGUGCACCAAAUGCUACAAGUGGUAAACGUGUGCCUUAAAACUUUUGAGUAUACGGGAAAAAAACACAUUCCGACCUUAAAGCGGACCAAUACACAAAGUUUUAGAAAGAAUGCAUCCACUGACGUUAAGGAAAAAUUGGAAGAAUGUAUAAGAGGUACGAAUUCUGCACGCUACGAUCUAAUCAAUCGUCGAAAAGAUCGCAAUUCGACCGAGAAAUUCCGCUGGCGAAAGGAUCUGAUGCCGUACCGUUCACCCUACACCGAUACUGUAGGAAAAAAUGAGCACGAUCUGGAGCUGAGCCACUUUAUCGAAGGAUCAUUGGCGACUGAAAUUGCGCUUGUUCUACUCGACACUCUAGAAAUAAUAGUGCACGUAGCUGCUAACCUCCACCAUAAUUUACUCGGUACUCUGCUUAAAGUGCUGCUGCACGCACUCUCCCGUAACCAGUCAACGCUGGCGCUACAAAAUUUGUUUGCCUCUCAGCGUGCACUAAUUUUUAAAUUCCCAAACUUAUUGUUUGACGAGGAAACGGAUAUCUGUGCGGAUUUGUGUUUGAUAUUACUGAAGCAUUGUGGAUCGCUCUUGCCAGGCAUACGCUCACAGUCUGCAGCCUCGUUAUAUUUACUAAUGAGACAAAACUUUGAAAUUGGAAAUAACUUUGCUCGCGUCAAGAUGCAAGUAACAAUGUCGUUAAGCUCAUUAGUUGGUACCAGCACAGUAUUUAGCGAGCAAUCACUUCGUCGAGCCCUGAAAACGGUCUUAGUUUACGCCGAGUCAGACUCCGAUCUGCAGGAUACAUCGUUUCCAGAACAGGUGCAAGAUUUGCUUUUCAAUCUGCACAUGAUUCUAUCAGAUACAGUGAAAAUGAAGGAAUAUCAGGAAGACCCUGAAAUGUUGCUCGACCUCAUGAAUCGUAUAGCCAAAGGGUACCAAAACAAUCCAGACCUACGGUUGACCUGGCUAGAAAACAUGGCCAAAAAGCACCGUGAACGUGCUAAUCAUACGGAGGCAGCCAUGUGCUAUGUCCACGCAGCUGCCUUGGUCUCCGAAUAUCUCAGCAUGUUGGAGUCUCAAACUCAUUUACCUGUAGGAGCAGUCAGCUUUCAACGCAUAUCCCCAAACACGCUUAUGGAGUCUGCCGUAUCGGAUGAUGUGCUUAGCCCUGGCGAGGAUGGUAUCUGCCUUGGAAAUCAUUUUACUGAGACUGGACUAAAGGCACUGCUAGAAGAGGCUUCCAACUCAUUUCAAGUCGCUGGCAUGUAUGAAGCAAUGAACGAAGUUUAUAAGAUUUUGAUACCCAUCUGCGAAGCGAACAGAGACUUUCUUAAACUAGGUAAAGUUCACGGAAAAUUACAGGAAGCAUUUAAUCGAAUCGCCCAGCUACAGGGAAAGCGAGUGUUUGGUACAUAUUUUCGUGUGGGUUUCUAUGGAGCAAAAUUUGGAGAUUUAGAUCAACAAGAAUUUAUUUACAAGGAGCCGACAUUAACCAAGUUGCCAGAAAUAUUUAGCCGACUCCAGAACUUUUAUACGGAACGAUUUGGCCCCGACUCUGUACAUAUCAUAAAAGACUCGAAUACAGUUGACAUAAACUCAUUAGAUGCCGAAAAGGCAUAUAUUCAGAUCACAUAUGUCGAACCUUAUUUUGAAACAUAUGAAAUGCGUCAUCGUGAAACCUACUUUGAGAGGAACUUUAAUAUUAAACGAUUUAUAUAUGCCACACCAUUUACAAAAACUGGUAAGGCUCAUGGAGAGCUGCAUGAACAAUGCAAGCGAAAGACAAUUUUGACGACAGCCAACCACUUUCCAUAUGUGAAAACACGAAUAAUGGUCAUUAGUCGGCAGCAAAUAGUCUUGGAACCAAUUGAAGUGGCAAUUGAGGAUAUUCAAAAGAAAACAGUGGAAUUGGCGGCUGCUACAAAUCAGGAGCCAGCUGAUCCUAAAAUAUUGCAAAUGGUCUUGCAAGGAUGUAUUGGAACGACCGUUAACCAAGGCCCUAUGGAAAUGGCUAGCGUUUUUCUCUCAAAUUUAUCUAAUGGCACAACUGUACCAACGAAACAUCAAAACAAAUUACGAUUGUGUUUUCGCGAGUUUUCAAAGCGUUGUGCUGACGCUUUGAAAAAGAAUCGUAACCUAAUACUUUCAGAUCAAAAGGAUUACCAACGUGAAUUAGAACGUAACAACGAUCGUUUCAUAGAACGCUUGACACCUUUAAUAACUCUUACAGCAAUCCAAAAUCUCGGCGUUGUUAAGGCCAACGCAUACCACAACAAAAGCACUCCAUUGAAAUGGUAACAGUUGCUAUUUAAUGGCGUCAAAUAUCCUGAUAAAAUCUCCUCUAAUUCUGCAUUUUCAUGUCUAGCGUUUCGGAUUAUUUUAAGUAAGUUGGUAAUUAAAAUGUAUUUAAUUUGGCUAGUAAUCGAAUAUAUAAGAGAGCUGACUGAUAAAUAGUCGGCCUACCAAAAAUGCCAAGAAUUAAGAUAUGUCCCGAUCCUCGAAAUAGCCAUUUUUUCACAGAAGACGGUUUUUAAGACGGAAAUUGCUUUAAGCAAUGCCAAACUCUCAUUCGAAAAGAUCAAGCGGUUGCGUUUGUUUCCCGCUGAGAACAAUCGCGGCCCACAAAUUGACGAAAACUUACUCAUGUUCAAAUUUUUUCUUAAAAUAUUCCCACCCGUUCAUGAGAAAUUUUCAGGGCCCUAACAAUUUCUCGUAUUGAUCAUCCAAUAUCAUUCCGUGGACUUCAUCUACCAUUGCUGAUGCUGUCACAUCUCUGGGACGGUCCUCGUCAACAAUACUUCUUAGCCCGCCCUCGUAUACCAUAUGCUACUUAGCACCACAAAUAUAUUUAUUAAUUAUAUAAUUAAUUAUUAACCAGCACAUUUACUUCAAAUGAUAUUGAACCUACCAAAAACUAUCAUAAACUAUAUAACCAAACACAGUUUAAACGGGACAUCCCCUGAUCCUCAAUAAUGUAAUAUACAUUUUGAAUGAAAAGACUAAAUUACAAUUUUCCACGUCAUUUAAGAAUAAGAAGACAUAUUUAUGUUAAUUUUAAACAGAACAAUUAAGUAAAAUAUAACAACCCCUAAUGAGGGGACUACAUGCAUACAUAUAUAAUUA